CUCAGGUACCUGUUCUGUUUUUCCCUUUGCUCUCUUCCUCUUCGCCAUGGCUGCUAUCUUCUCUCCCGGCGGCAUCGCUUGGUCCUUCUCCUGGCACCGCUCGCACAUCCCCGGAGCUGGAGACAUUGCUCUUCAUGGAACCACCCUUCACCGCACCCUCUCAUCCCUAUCCCACAGACAAGCCGCUCGUCGUCUUAUGUCCUUCUCAGUCGGCCUCACCCGCUUCAUCGUCUCCAGCCACCCUGAAACUUCUAAGGAGAUCCUCAAUUCUUCCGCCUUCUCAGAUCGCCCGAUUAAAGAAUCCGCCCGCGAACUCCUUUUUCAUCGUGCUAUUGGUUUCGCCCCAUUUGGCGAACACUGGAGGAAUCUGAGAAGAAUCUCCUCUUCACAUCUUUUCAGUCCGCGCCGAAUUGCGGCUUUUGGCACUGGCCGGCGGGAGAUUGGGGAACACAUGGUAGAGGAUGUGAGAGUUUUGAUGGGAAAGCAUGGUGAGGUGGAGGUUAAGAGGAUUCUUCAUAUUGGGUCUUUGAACAACAUAAUGAUGAGUGUUUUUGGAACAAGUUUUGAUUUUGGGAAAGGUGAGGGGAUGGAAUUGGAGAGGAUGGUUAGGGAAGGGUAUGAGUUGCUUGGGAUUGUGAAUUGGAGUGAUCAUUUGCCAUUUUUGAGGUGGUUGGAUUUGCAGGGAGUUAGGAGGAGGUGCGCUGUUUUGGUUGAAGAGGUGAAUGCUUUUGUUGGAAGUAUUGUAGAGGAGCAUAGGAUUAGGAGAAGGGUUGGUGUAGGAAGUGCGCAUAUCAAGGACUUUGUUGACAUCUUGCUUGAUUUGGAAAAUGAGGAGAUGUUAUCUGAUUCUGACAUGGUUGCUGUUCUGUGGGAGAUGAUCUUUAGAGGGACUGAUACAAUAGCUAUUCUUCUUGAAUGGAUCAUAGCAAGAAUGAUUCUACACCCAAAAAUCCAAGAGAAAGCACAAGCUGAGAUAGAUGUCUGUGUAUCAAGGCUUGUUUCUGAUGCUGACAUUCCCAACCUCCAUUAUCUCCAAUCCAUAGUUAAGGAAUGCCUUCGCAUGCAUCCUCCCGGUCCUCUUCUCUCUUGGGCUCGCCUUGCCGUUCAUGAUGUUCAUGUGGAUAACCAUUUCAUUCCUGCGGGCACCACAGCAAUGGUGAACAUGUGGGCUAUCACUCAUGACGAAGCUAUCUGGCCUGAUCCUGAUGAAUUUAAACCGGAGAGGUUUUUGACAGAAGAUGUGAACAUUAUGGGAUCUGAUCUGAGAUUGGCACCAUUUGGUUCAGGAAGAAGAGUUUGUCCUGGCAAAGCCAUGGCCUUGGCUACAGUUCAUCUCUGGCUAGCUCAGUUGCUUCAGUCCUUCAAAUGGGUGCCUUCCAGUAAUGGAGUGGACUUAUCAGAAUGCCUAAAAAUGUCGCUUGAGAUGAAGAAUUCUUUGGUUUGUUGUGCUUUUCCAAGAGACUUAAUGGUAUGAAACCAAGAGCUCAUUCUCCCAUGUUUUUUUUUUGUAAGUAACAGUUGGAUGUGGGAUUAGCUCAUCUUGUUGUUGUUUGCUUCAUUUAUGUUUUAGCUUAGGUAUCACUGUCAAGUGCUUAUUAGUUGAAGUUAGAUGCAUAAUCUGGUUUUUGUAAGUGGUGUGCUUUAUAAUAGUGUUGAGGAUGUGCUAAAUUGUGUAAUUGUAAAAUUAUU